AAUGGCAUUGGUAACGAAUAGGACAGUCGGAGGAGAGGACACUUCUUCGCGCCGCUCUCCAACGUUCCGCAGAGGCCGCCUUCGCCGCCUUCCGAGGCCGGCAUUCGCCGUCGACGCCUUCAUCGCUCUUCACUUCUCCGGGAACGCCGUUCUUCGACCACUGGCAGCUGAGAUUGUCGUCUCAGGUUGGCCUCUCUGUUCCGCUCUCUCGUUUUUUCGCUCAAACCUUCGAUCGUUUGUCACUCUCUCCUCGCAUACUCGCUCAGACGCUGGUGGUACAGUCGCAGGGCCAUCAAACACACCUUUGAAGGAGGGAAGGGGGAGGGUCCGCAUUGGAGGGCUGCUUCUUGCCAGCAGAAGCAAUGACUAGUGCAUGUUUUUUAGCACCAAGAGUGUUAAGGUGGUCAAGAAUGAGGGGUGCACUCCAACAGUGCAUGCGGGACCGGCAUGAUUAUGUCUACCGUCAGGAGCAGGAACAUGAGUUCUCAGAGUCAAGCUUGUACCUUGGAAGCUGGAAGCCGCCCAAGGACCCAAGGGAGGCAGAGGCAGCACUUGGCCUCCUUAGGCGUGACUAUGCCAAGAAGGUGAAGGAUUUGAGGAAGCAGUACAUGUAUGAGAUGGAAAUGCAGCAGCAGGAGAAGGAGCGCAAGGAUGAGGCCAGGCGUGAAACCAUCCGGCUUGCCAAGGAGGAGCGCAAGGCAGCUAAGGCGAAGAUUGCUGAGGGCCGUGCUGCUGAGCGUCUCCUCCUCGACCAAGAGUUCCGCGAGACACUGACAAGGCUUGAUGAGCUUUUAAUGAUCAUGGGUGAUCAAUCUGAAGGACGCAUUGAGGCUUUUUAAUCAGAGAGUAAAUUGGAACUGCUAUAUAUAUUUUCAUUUCAAAGUUUUGUGUAUGUUCUCUGUUAAUGUACUUUUUAUAGUAGAAAUAGUUGAGGAAUGGUUAUAAUGAUGUACAAAACCAUUUCUUCAUUUAUCUUAUGCAUGUUUUAAGGUGAUUAGAUGUACCAGCCUUAUGCUUUUGGUUCUUAACUAUGGUUGUACCUGUCGUUUGUGUCUUUUGAUCUUGAAAUGUUUGUUCAUGUUCUGUAUUAAAAGUUCACAUAUGAUCUAAUUUAGAAGGAAAGAGGGAGGAGAAUAAAUAAGGAAUAGUCACUUCAAAGUGUUAUAUAGAUUGAGACCUUGAGGCUUCUGACAUGAUAAGGUUGUCUAGUUCUUUGCGUGGGCUGUUUGUAAUUGUCUAUGUACUCAUAUAUGUUGGAGCUUCUUUUUGAAGAGUGUGGGAAACUUAUUGCAACGAUUUUGUCAUAUCAGCAUAACAUAAUAUAUCUGAUACAAUAUUGUUAACGUAUGAAUACUGCAAUCAGGUACUUAUCCAGACAGAAAAUUUUCAGUAUUAAAUCUGAUCCAAUUUCAGUCAGAAUAUUGGAAAACAAACAUACAUCUGAUGCCUGAUGGAAUGUUUUCAAGGUAUGAGUACUGCAAUCAGGCAUUUAUUCAGACAACAUUUAACGUUUGUGUAUAUUGCAGAGCUAUAGUAGAUUAGACGUAACAAUCCAAUUUCACGCCUUAUUGGGUGAAAGUUUUCAGACUGAAACUUGACACAAAGAAUAGAGGAGAUUUAAAAUCAAAUAAUGGAGAUAAACUAGGCAAAAAAAGGCGAGCCUAAUUUUCUGAGUGGAAGUCUAGAAGAAAUAAUUUCAAAUCUUUAUGGGCAUACCUUCUAGAGGAGAUUACAGCCUGUCUGUGACACCAAGAUUUGAAUGAGUCACUGCUUUAUAGACUCACAGAAAGGAGAAAGCAUCGCACAAAAAGGCAUGCUUGGGUACAAUGGAGCCCUUGACUUAAUUUUUUACUAUAUGGACUGUACAUUUGCAUGGACAGAAAUGUCCCUGAAACGUAAUAUUUCUAAAAAUGUUUAUUAUGAAUAUUAGAUGUGCCAAACACAAUGAACCCAUUAUGACUAUCAAAUAGCCUAGCAAAGCAAUGAAAGGAUAGAAGAAUGGUCAUGAGCAGGAGCUGUGGUGAUUGCCAUAUGGUACACAGAGGAGGUAUGAUUUCUGCUAGUUAGAUCAAUGUGUGUGAUUGUGGAGCAUGCUUGUCUUCAAUUUUUUCCAAGAUUGAAAUGGGUUCAAAAUAUGCAGUCCCUUUAAAACACACAUAGUUUACUUUAAUGCCAAUCUGAUCCUUAAAUCAAGGCUCAAGAUAUGCCAGUCGAAUUUGCAGGUUCUUCAAAUGGCUUUAGUUCUUUCCAGUUCGCUAAAUUAUCUGGAUCUCCUUUCUCCAUCUUAUUGGUUUGGUACUUUCUUUUUCAUAUCAAUACCUUUUGAUAUAUUAAUAAUACAUGAACUUGUUUAAUGGCCAAUAACGUGUCAAACCACUCUUCUAUUUGUCACCUUUUUUAACUUAAAUUAAUAUUUUGAUAGAAUGCGGUAACUUUUAUUUUUGGCCUUGUGAGGUGUUUGAUUUGCUGUUUAAUGUCAUGUUGAACAUUACUAUUUUCUUUUGUUGAAAUUGCUGCUGAUGAAACUUCUGGUCAUUCACCAAUUGU